GCACAAUUUCAUAUGUGCGUUACAUUUGAUGACAUCCAAUGUUAUAAGUGCAAAUGUAGGGAUCAUUACUUUGAACUGAAACCGUGCUACUUCCAUAUUCUUCACAUUUAAAACAACCAAUAAAAGAUUUUGUGGUUUACAUUCUAUCCUUCAGCAAUAAGUUAAAUCAGAUUGCUUAUAAUUGGCGGAAAAUUCUUUGAAUCCAUAUUUCGUAAUGCAGUGGAAAUCUAAGAAAAUUGAGGCAAAGGAUACUACUUUCAAUCCUGACAAUAUUGGUGAUAUCGACUUCAGUAGUGAAGAUCUUGAACAGGAAUUACUUGACUUAUUGCAUGAUGAUCCAACCCUUGAGAUUUCUAAUAAAUCUUCGUCUUUUGAUCAGGAUGAAAAAAACUGUGAUGAAGACGAUGAAUUGUUACUUGCUGAACUAGUAAAAUCAAUGGAAAGUGGGAAAUCACCUGUACCGAACAGAGCUAAUAAGAUGGAUGAAUUAGAAAUCAACGAAGAUAUUUUCGGCAAUCAAAAGACAAGUACUGGUAGUACUUCCAGGCCGCCUCAUCAAACAUCGGGGUUCGGAGGAAGUGAUUUUGGAUCGUCAUUGCUGAGUUCUCCAAGAAACAGUGGUCUGACAACGAAUUCAAAGAACGGGACAAAUUGUGAUAACGACGAUGAAUUGUUACUUGCUGAACUAGUAAAAUCAAUGGAAAGUGGGAAAUCACCUGUAUCGAACAGAGCUAAUAAGAUGGAUGAAUUAGAAGUCAACGAAGGUUCAGUGACAAAUCCAAAGGUACCUUCAAAUAAUAAUGCUUUGGGAAAUAGUUCAGGAAGUACUUUAAAACCGACUGCCGCUGAUGUAAAACCUGAUAUUCGUCAAGCUGUAUUGGAUUAUAUCAAUCCAAAAACUUCUAAUUCUGGUCUAGAUUUAUUGAAAAAUCGUCAUAAAGAAUACAAAUUAGCUGCUUUGAAAGCUCGGGAUAUAGGCCAACUAGGGAAAGCAAAAGAAUUAUUGGAAGCAUCAAAAUGUAUUGGAGAAGCUAUCGUGAAUAUAGAAGCUGGCAAAGAAACAUUCGAUCCAGAGACAGACUUACCUCCUCCGCCAUCGGAGUAUGAAUUCUCUAAUGAGGGGGAUCCAAACAAUGAAACUGUGAUCGCUCAGCCACCACCUUCAUCUCAGCCUGUAAAAUCGACUAUACCAGAUAUUAUGAAAACGUCUAUUGUUUGCACAGAAAAUAUCUUAGCUCGUAUAACCUACUAUAAAGAAAAAUUAAAGGAAAUAACCAACGAUGACUCAAAGAAACGUCGUUACAAUCGUAUUCUCACACGGUAUGAUGAAGGACUGAGAGCUUGUGAACAUGGAGUUACUUCGUUUGAAUUUGAAGAGUUGGUCCCACCUCCAGGUUAUCCUCCACUUACUGAUCGUUCUAAAUUAUGUAAAAAUGUAAAAUUAUCUAACAAUGAUCCAAAAACAUCUCUUGCAAAACCUAGCUCUGGGCAUCCAAUAAAAAAUAAAACGGAAGCAAUUGUUGAACUAUUAACUAAACGUCAAGAUGAGUUGAAACAAGCCGCUAAAGCUGCAAAACAAUCUGGUAAUAUUGAAUUGGCUAAAACGUACAUACGAUCGGUUCUUGGAAUGAAUCAAAUGAUACAAGCUGCUGAAGCUGGCUUACCAAUAGAUUUAACUCAGUUACCACGGCCACCUGCACUUACUGAUUCUAAUCCAUCUAGACCUAUAUUAAGUGGAUUAAAAUGUGAUCCACCUGUAAAGUAUGCCGUUGCUUUUAAUUCUUUAUCAGGUGAUCAAUUAUUUAAAACAUACUCAGAAAUUUUAUCAGAACAAGAACAACUAAUUAACAAUUUAAUAAAUCAACAUCGUCGUAAUGGCGGUGCUAAUGCACAUUCGAUAUUAUCGAAAUUAUCUGAUUUACUUAGUGUGAAUACGUGUAUCAAGAAAUUAUUAUCUAAAUACAAUCAACAUGUAUCUAAUUUAACCGCAUAUUUUGAAUAUGCCAAUUUGCCUAAAUGUAAUUUGAAUGCUGAAUUAGCGGAUGAUAUACUUGAAGUUAGUAAUAUUCAUGGUAUAGCUUAUCCACUUCCAUCACAUUAUUCAAAUAUUGAUACUUAUGUUGAAGUUGAAUUCAGUUUAAAUAAUGCCAAUCCACCAAUGAAGUUAUCUACCAAUGUAGUUAAAUCAAGUAGUGAACCAAUAUAUAGUCAAUCAGUUAAAGAAUUUCGUGUAAAUACAAAAAGUCAUUCAUAUAGACGAUUUGUUCAGAAUAAUCGUUGUCUAAAAGCAACAGUAUAUUACAAUCGUGGUAUAUUUCGAAGCUGGGGUGUACUAGGUAUAACUGAAAUUCCUCUUACUGGACUUGUCCAAUCGGCAACCGUAACUCAUGUUGGUGAUUUGAAAGAAGGUCGUAAAGUAGUAGGGGGUCGUCUACAAGUACAGUUAAGACAACGUGAAUCACUUAGUGGAGAAACUGUUGUUUAUCAACAACAGCCAUGGCUUUUAUUAUCUGCACCGAAACAGAUUAAUGAAUCACCUAAACUUAUUGAAAUCGAAAAUUCAAAAAAUAAUCCCGUUUCCUCAUCUUCUUUGUCUACACCAAAACAGACUGAUUCACCUAAAUCUAUCAGAAGUGAAAAUAUAAGGCAUAGCCCUGUUCCUUCAAUUUCAUCAAAACAAACUAAUUCACCUAAACCUAUCAGAAGUGAAAAUAUAAAGCAUAGCCCUGUUCCUUCAAUUUCAUCAAAACAAACUAAUUCACCUAAACCUAUCAGAAGUGAAAAUAUAAAGCAUAGCCCUGUUCCUUCAAUUUCAUCAAAACAAACUAAUUCACCUAAACCUAUCAGAAGUGAAAAUAUAAAGCAUAGCCCUGUUCCUUCAACUUCAUCAAAACAAACUAAUUCACCUAAACCUAUCAGAAGUGAAAAUAUAAAGCAUAGCCCUGUUCCUUCAAUUUCAUCAAAACAAACUAAUUCACCUAAACCUAUCAGAAUUGAACAUGCAAUGAAUAAUCCUAUUUCUUAUUCUUCUUCUUCUUCUGUCUCUACAAAAGCAACUAAUUCUGUUUCAUCGUCAUCAUCUCGUGUUGUUAUCGUAAGAAACAUAGAUAAUUCUUAAUUGUUUCAUUAAUUGAAUACAUAUUAUGAUACUUUAUAUUUCACUUGAAAUGUCAUGCAUCAAGAAAUCAAGUACAGAUUUGCUUUUUUUUAUAUCAAAUGAACAUAGAAUUACCUAUUACAAUGAUUAUUCAAAGGACAAUUCUAUCUAUAUUCAUGUAUCAUUUCAAAGAAAUGUUUUAUGUAUAUAAUUCAUUUGGUAAUAAUGAAAUUUGUAAUAUUACAAAAUUCUUUUUCUUUCUUUUUUUAGUUUCCACAAGUCACUUUUGAUUUGUUUUCCUUCUUUUUUCUUUUUGAAAAAAAACUAUUUUCAGUAGUACUAUAAUUGUCAUUAG